AUGACGGGCGCUGUGGAAGCGGCGAGCCUAGCUCUUGCGGUUCUGCCCAUUGUCAUAUCUGUCGCCGAAAACUUCUCUUCUGCCGCUCGGGCCUUAAAGAGGUACCGACACUUCUCACAAGAAGUUGGCCAUCUCUCGAAACUGGUGAGGCUUCAAAGAACUAUAUUUCAGGGCGAAAUCCGAUCGUUGUUGGCAUCUUGCGUGGGUUGGGACCGAGCUGAGCAGCUGUUACACAACGCAGACCAAUCCGGAUGGGACGAUAAAGACCUAGAAGAGUCUUUCGUGGCAAGUUUAGGGAAUACACGGGAGUCCUUCCUCGAAUUGGUGCAAUGGAUCAAUGCCGAGCUGUCCGAGAUGGAGGCCAGACUGAGUGGGUUUGAAGAGGUGGCACAGCUGACAAAAGAGGGCGACAUGCGAAACGAUAGGCUUUGGCGGCAUCAAAUCAGAGAAAAGUCUCGCUUCGCGUUGUCGCAAUCACGACUUCAAGAAUCUAUGAAUAGGUUGAAAGAGCUCAUAGAGAACCUUAGAACCUUGGUAUCACAGACCAAAAGAAGUGAGCAGCGCCGCCCACUAUCGCGGCCAUCCGCUCAGGCACAACAAGUGAUACAGCAAUUUGUGUUGGUCCAGACUGCCUCACGAAAUCUCUACGAAGCUCUGAGCACGGCUUGCACCCAGCACACCCAGCACCAAGCACAUUUCAGUCUGCAACCCAUACCUGUGCCAGGAGCCCACCAGGUCCGGUUCAGUGUUGGCUUUAGGCAAGUUAUAGCUUCGACAUCCGGCUCGAAGCAGACUUCAUGGUUUACAGUGGAGUCGAGUGUUACACCAGCGGCCCAUGCUUGUCCAUCUUCAACAGAACAUAAACCUCUUGCAGUUCUCGGCCAAUCAAUAAAGCGAGGCCGAACGCCCUCCUCUCCACCACCCGAACGUCAACCUUCGAAGCUCCGGGGAAAGUGCAUUCAGUUUGAGCACUCGUCACCGCCCCGAUCACGGUCACCAGCAGUUACUUGCAAAGCACCAGAAACCGUGUCAAAGCCACCCCUAUCAGAUCUGUGGUCCCACAGUCAACGCGCAUUCCGUAAACGCAAAACCCAUGCCAAAGAACUUGAAGCUGGACUUAACGAUCUAGAAGCGGCAUCUAACAAACUCCACGAAGAUAACAAACGCCUAAAGCGCGAGUUAGCAAAUCUUGCAUCCAAGAACGAAAUCCUUCGGGCUACGUCCUCCAUGGGUCCGGUCAGCCGAUCAGCGCAUGGUUCCCAAUCCGCCAGGCAAGACGACGAACCAACCAACCCCCAUUCUGGAAUGCAAGGGGUCAGUCGCCUACAACUUAGCUCUUUGUACGUACCAGAAACGGUGUCCAAGCCGCCUCUAGCCAAUCUGUGCUCCCACAGCAACUUUUGCAAUCACUUGCAAAACUUUUUAAGCAGAUCAGCUCCUCGUUCUGAAUGUUGCAUUGGGUAUUUCGAACAUUCAUCAAAAACAAAACACUUAAUCUAUCUAAAAGGGCAAGAACCGAGGGAGGACGAAGUUUUUAAUGUUCCAUCCAAGUCGUUGGCUGAGCUCCUUGUCCAGUAUCAGGGCAACUCAGAUCAAACAGCUGGGAUAGCACAGUACGAGCGUCUACGCCUCUCAAGGAAGCUUGCCACUGCAGUGCUCCAGUUCUACUCUACACCGUGGCUUCGAAACAGCUGGGGUAGCAGUGAUGUCCUUUUCCAAUUACAGCAACCGUCAAGCACGGCCCUUAUCGAAGAUCUGAAAGAACCUUUCGUUGAUGUCUCUGUUCGAGAUCCAACUGUUGCAACCAACGGUGGUCAGAGCACCACAUGCUAUCCUUUCGCACCUAACGACUUUCUGUUUGGCUUAGGUGUCAUGCUUUUGGAAUUAGCAUAUCAAAAGCCGCUCCGCAGCAUGCAACAGUCAUGCGACGUUGCUAACAGCCACGAUGAGAGGCACACCCUGUUCUUCACCGCGAAGCGCUUGAGUCGGCUCGUCUCAGCAAAAUCAGGAUCACGCUACGGAGAGAUCGUCAGAAAAUGUCUCGCAUGCGACUUUGGCCGUGGUGAUGACUUGAGCCAACCUGCGCUGCAAGAGGGCGUUUACCGAGAGGUAGUUUGCGAAUUGGCGCAGCUGGAGGAACUCCUGCGAGCCAUGGAUUUAGGAUCUUGA